GAAGCUAAUAAUCACAUAAGCACUUGAAAGAGAAUCUGGAAGACUAAAAAAACUUUAAAAGCGUCAAGUUUUGUGUAAUAACUUUUGCCAAUAGGACUGAAGGGAUAUCUCACCUUAUCCACACUCCAACCACAAUCCCUUAUUUCAUUCACGUCCACGUCAUCAUCAUCCUAAUACUAAAACAUAAUUUCCUCCUUCUCCAGUCCACCAAUCAAACCCCCAAAAACUCUCAAUGGCAGCCAUGAACUCAAGUGUUCUCACCUCCAGCUACACAAUCUCUGGUGCUGGCUCAGUAGAGCUAAACCAGAAAGUGGGUUUGGUGAGUUCCUCAGUUGGGUUUGGUCAGAAGAAACAGACAAUUCCUGUGAUCAAAGCUCAAAGAGCUGGUGGUGAUGAUGUUGAUGGGUCUGGUGGAAGAAGAUCCGCCAUGGUGUUCUUAGCGGCUACACUCUUCUCCACUGCUGCUGUGUCUGCUUCUGCUAAUGCUAGCGUCUUCGAUGAAUACCUCGAGAAGAGCAAAACCAACAAAGAACUGAAUGAUAAGAAGAGAUUGGCAACAAGUGGAGCAAACUUUGCGAGAGCAUUCACUGUCCAAUUCGGAAGCUGCAAGUUCCCUGAGAAUUUCACUGGUUGCCAAGAUCUCGCCAAGCAAAAGAAAGUCCCAUUUAUCUCUGAAGAUUUGGCGUUGGAAUGCGAAGGCAAAGACAAGUUCAAGUGUGGUUCCAAUGUUUUCUGGAAAUGGUGAAGAACUCUGUUGUUUGUUAUCCAAUUCUUAUAUAAACCCAACAAUGUAUCUCCCUUUAUUCAUCAAAGUUUUCGUGCCCAUUUGAAUCUACCAAUUUAACCUCUAA